GGUCGGUGGCCGGUUUGGCCAGCACAGUGCCAGCUGAUUGGUGCAGCCACUCCGGCCGACCGCUUUCCACAGGUCAACUCCUUCGGCAAGUUCACUUAGGAACGCACGGCUGAAACGGCGAGCGACGGGAACUCAAUAGAACGAGUUUGGCGAUCACCGGCCACCGGAAGGUGGACGGCGGGCUCAGCGGAGCAUAAACAGAUCAUCUGUCUUGCUGCCGACGGACGGAGGCACAGCGGCCGUCCUGAGGCACAGCGGCGGCCCGGUGCCACCACGGCCUGUCGUGCAGGCCAGUACCGUGCUGUGACGCGGCACCGGCCAAGUUUACCGGAUAGUGGCGACCGGCCGGCCGGCUCGGCGCCGCGUGGUACCCGUUCCCGUUCCCGGGAAUCUCGCGUGUGCAACGGACAGUGUGAGCGACGGCCCACCGUCGCGCGGACGCGCCGCCAAGGUGUCGCGAUCUGUCGCGAGUGUAGUUCAUCAGCCGGCGACGAGUGACCUCCGUCCGGUGUGAUAUAGCGCGACGCGGAGUUUUGUACUCGCUCACGGGGCCUCCCUGUAACAAAGACUCGUGCCCUUCGACCGGUGGACGAACCCGAACAGACAGCAGCAGGAGCGGCCGACACGAUCCGGCCCCAGCCACGUUCGCAACAUCGGCUCGCGAGAACCAGUUUGCGCCGAGAGGUGUCGGUGCUCCGGUGUGGCCGGCUGGGCGAGCACGGCGCGCCCGGCACGGACAGCUGAGGGAGCACGGCGCGACCGGCACGGACAACUGAGGGAGCACGGCGCGCCCGGCACGGACAGCUGGGAGAGCACGGCGCGCCCGACACGGACAACUGAGGGAGCACGGCGCGCCCGGCACGAACAACUGGGAGAGCACGGCGCGCGGCACGGCCGGCUGAGGGAGCACGGCGCGCCCGGCACGGACAGCUGAGCGAGCACGGCGCGCCCCGGCGCCGCACCGGAGGAGCUGCCAGCAUGGGGCGCAGCGUGCCUUACCGGCGUCUGUACGCAGAGAUGGCUGACAGUGAGCAGCAUCCGCAGGAUCAGCAGGAUCAGCAGACGGAGCGGGCCGACCCCAUCGGGGCCGAGUCUCCCGCGCCUGCCGCACAGCCCGAGCACACAACACAGGUACCGGGCCUAUCGUCCGCCCCCGGCCGACCAGUCGCCAGCUCACCCCUCCGACGGCUCACCGACCGGCUCACCAGCAUGUUCUCACCGCCCAGGAAGAAGGUCGUGGAGCGGCGCCACACAGUAGAGACCACCAGCGAGUCUCAGCGGAUGGUCUCUCUGGGAGUGCCCGAUCCGACGCUGAGCCGACUGGCCGCUGACGCCGACCCAGAGGGAGGUGCCGACGAUCAGAGCACGCGCACCUGCGCGCCGUCCAAAACGAAAAUCAUCAUCGUGCUCCUGGCGCUGGUGACGUUCCUGGUGAUUGUGAUCGUGGCGGUGACGCACCAGGGCACCACCGGCCGCCGGAGACACGCCUCCUACCUCUGGGACGCCACGGCGCGCAUCGUCAGCGACGAACACGUGGAGACAAUGGCCUCCUGCGGCCUGGUCAGAGGCCGGGUGGAGAAGGAGGCGUUCGUGUUCCACGGCGUGCCGUACGCGCUGGCUCCGGUCGGCCGCCGCCGGUUCCAGACGGCCGAGUCGCCGCCGGGCCUCUCCAGCUGCUGGACCGGGGUGCUGGAGGCCACCGGGCCGCCGGGCGCCGCGUGCCCGCACCUGGCCGCCGACGGCACGCCGGCCGGUGGCGCCGAGGACUGCCUGACGGUGGACAUCUACACGCCGCGGGUACCGUUCACCGAGCCGCUGCCGGUGGUGGUGUUUGUCGGCGGAGAUACCCUCAGCGGCCGCACCCUGGCAGAGCUGCGACCCGAGCCCGAGCUGGCCCGGCGGCACGGCGUCGUGUUUGUGACGGUGCGCGUGCGCCGCAGCGUGCUCGGCUUCCUGGCGUCCGAGGUGCUGUCGCGCGCCUCGCACCCGCACGCCUCGGGCAACUACGGCCUCUCGGACCUGUUGGCGGCGCUCGAGUGGCUCUCGUUGAACGCCGAGCACUUUGGCGGCUCGGCGCAGCGCGUCACGCUGCUGGGACACCAGUCGGGCGCCACGCUCAUGUCGCUGCUGACGGCCGUGCCACGCUCCAAGCAGCUCUACACCAACAUGUGGCUGACGGGCGGCUCCGGUCACCUGGACAACUUCACCAUGCCGGACCUGCGGCAGGCGUCCGAGAACAACGCCCAGUACCUGUCGUACGUGGACUGCGCCGACGCGCGCUGCCUGAGGAACCGCACCGUGCAGCAGCUGCUGGAGGCCGUGCCGCGCGUCUGGCACCGCAUACCCACAGGUCUGCCGCGUCUGAACGAGCCGCGCCACAACUGGCUGGUGCGGGACGGCUUUCUGCUGACGGAGAGCGUGCACGACGCGUGGGCAGAGUCGCAGGAGCGGCGCCGCGAGCUGCCCGACCCGCUGAUCGUGCUGGGCGUGAACGCGCAGCAGGACGGCGCGCCCGACCUGUACGGGGUCCGCGAGUGGAACGUCAGCUCUGUGGCCGAGUCGUACGUGGCCACCACGCUGGGAACAUUCCCCGGAGAGCUGCGUGACCGGGCGACGCGGCUGUACCUGCGCCACGGCGGCGACCCGUGGACCCAGAUCGCCACUAUGGUCAGCGACGUCCGCACCGUGUGCCCGCUGUACGCGGCCGCUCGCCGCGCCGCCGGCCACUUCACCAACCGGGCCUACUUCUACCUGGCUGCCCAGAAGCGGCACGGUGAGACCGGUUUCAUCGCGGACGCGCGCUCCGACAUCGAGGCCAUCCUGGGCGUGUACAAAGCCGAGACGAUCGAGCAGCGCAAGUUCGUCGACAACAUGCAGCACAUGUUCUACAAGUUCGUGCGCGAGGGCCGGCUGCCGCUGGACGCGUCGGCGGCCGACAAGGUGUACGUCGUGGACGACGGCAUCGGCACGGUGUCUGGCCACCAGAGCUGUGACGACCUGUGGAACAGCAGCGGCCUCUACCCGCAGUACGCCAGGAGGGACUGACGGAGGCCUGAGCGGAGCGUGCGGGGAGAGGACGGGGUCAGCAGCGGGAAGCUGAAAAGCGAACGCCACGUCAGGCAGAGAUGGAUCAGUCUGUGGAGUACUGGACGAGAGCAGGAUGUCUGAGACAUGCUCCGCCUCAGCAGUACAUGUGAAGGACGUGGACACCCAGGCUCUCGGCCAAAGAUGAGCCGACGAGGUGAUGAGGUUCGCAGAUUCAGUGAGCUGUCUCAGUCAUGCUGUGUUUGAAGCUCAGAUAACGUGACGCGUGCCACAGGCUGGCAGCGACACGCCCUAAGAAACAUCGAAAACUCCUUUCAAAUGUGAAUAGGGAACUGGUCCAUGGGUGAAUGAACUGUGAGAUGUAUUUUAUUACAGGGCUAAAGGAGGGACUGUGUGACAUUGAGUGUUGGACGGGACCAAGAAAUGAACGUUUUGAGUUGUUCCUUCACAGGUGAACAAAACACAUCUUAUUGCAUUGCGUUGUGUGUGAGUGCCGCAUUUGUACGCAUUUUCGCGUCAUUUUGUAUGUCGUGUGUAUUUCUGCUGAUACUGCAGAACUUUGAACUCAUGUGUCGGCAUCUGGUGGACGAUGUGCUCGUUAGUGACGCGAACAUUGGUAAGGCACGUGGGCGCGUCCGAGCGACUUGCCACCUUCACUCGUGUGUCAGUAAUGAGUUCUUUCCGCGCUGUGUGUGAGUCGGCGGGCGCUGGCGGGGCAGCGCAUUAGUCAUAUGUGCAUAUAUAUACAUUAUACAUAGCACAGCGUGUGU